AUGGGGGCACAAUUAUCACUAGUGGUCCAAGCAUCACCUUCCAUAGCCAUUUUUUCAUAUAUCGAUGUCUUAGAGGAAGUACACUACGUUUCACAGUUAAACUCAUCAAGAUUCUUAAAAACAUGCAAGGCACUGGACCCUAACGGCGAAAUUGUUAUCAAAGUGUUUAUUAAACCAAAAGACCAAUAUAGCUUACGACCUUUUCUCCAACGUAUAAGGGCUCAAUCGUUUAAGUUGGGACAACUACCGCACGUUUUAAACUACAGUAAAUUGAUCGAGACAAAUAGAGCCGGCUACAUGAUACGGCAGCACUUAAAAAAUAAUUUAUAUGACAGAUUGAGUUUGAGACCUUACUUACAAGACAUUGAACUGAAAUUCAUUGCUUUCCAGUUGUUAAAUGCAUUAAAGGACAUUCAUAAUCUGAAUAUUGUCCAUGGUGAUAUAAAGACAGAAAAUAUCCUAGUAACAAGUUGGAAUUGGUGUAUAUUGACAGAUUUUGCUGCAUUUAUCAAACCCGUAUAUUUGCCUGAAGAUAAUCCAGGUGAAUUUUUAUUCUACUUCGACACCUCGAAGAGAAGAACCUGUUAUCUAGCCCCGGAGAGGUUUAACUCUAAACUUUACCAAGAUGGAAAAUCUAACAAUGGUAGGCUAACUAAAGAAAUGGACAUAUUUAGUCUUGGAUGUGUUAUUGCAGAAAUAUUUGCUGAAGGAAGACCCAUCUUCAACUUAUCACAGCUAUUCAAAUAUAAAAGUAAUUCAUAUGACGUAAACAGGGAAUUUCUCAUGGAGGAAAUGAAUUCUACCGAUUUAAGGAACUUGGUUCUAGACAUGAUUCAACUAGAUCCAUCCAAAAGACUUUCAUGUGAUGAACUACUGAAUAAAUAUCGUGGCAUUUUCUUCCCCGAUUAUUUCUACACUUUCAUUUAUGAUUAUUUCAGAAAUUUGGUUACUAUGACAACAAGCACACCGAUAUCAGAUAACACUUGCACCAAUAGUACCUUGGAAGACAAUGUAAAACUUUUAGAUGAAACUACGGAAAAAAUAUACAGAGAUUUUUCCCAAAUAUGUCAUUGUUUGGACUUUCCUUUAAUAAAAGACGGGGGUGAGAUUGGUUCAGACCCCCCAAUUUUGGAAUCUUACAAAAUAGAGAUAGAAAUUAGUCGGUUUUUAAACACAAACUUAUAUUUCCCCCAAAAUUACCAUUUAGUCUUACAGCAGUUUACCAAAGUAUCCGAAAAGAUAAAAUCAGUUAAAGAGGAAUGUGCCUUACUCUUUAUCUCUUAUUUGUCUCAUAGUAUAAGAAGUAUUGUUUCGACUGCUACGAAACUUAAAAAUUUAGAACUAUUAGCAGUAUUUGCACAAUUCGUUUCUGAUGAAAAUAAAAUUGAUCGAGUCGUACCUUAUUUCGUAUGUUGUUUUGAAGAUAGUGACCAGGACGUCCAGGCCCUAUCUUUGUUAACAUUAAUCCAGGUACUCACCUCUGUAAGAAAAUUGAAUCAAUUGAACGAGAAUAUAUUUGUGGACUACUUACUUCCGAGACUGAAAAGAUUACUUAUUUCCAAUAGGCAGAAUACCAAUUAUUUAAGGAUUGUGUUUGCUAAUUGUUUGAGCGACUUGGCCAUUAUCAUUAAUAGAUUUCAAGAAUUUACAUUUGCUCAGCACUGCAAUGAUAACUCAAUGGAUAACAACACGGAAAUCAUGGAAAGCAGUACCAAGUAUUCAGCAAAAUUGAUCCAAAGUGUCGAAGAUUUAACUGUCUCUUUUUUAACAGAUAAUGAUACUUAUGUAAAGAUGGCACUUUUGCAAAACAUUCUUCCACUUUGUAAAUUUUUUGGUAGGGAAAGAACAAACGAUAUUAUACUGAGUCAUUUAAUAACCUACCUUAAUGAUAAGGACCCAGCAUUGCGAGUUUCCUUAAUUCAAACAAUAUCCGGAAUAUCAAUUCUUUUGGGUACCGUUACAUUAGAACAGUAUAUUUUACCAUUGUUAAUCCAGACCAUCACUGAUUCGGAAGAAUUAGUAGUGAUCAGUGUUUUACAAAGCUUAAAAUCUUUGUUCAAGACUGGGUUGAUUAGGAAAAAAUAUUAUAUUGAUAUAUCAAAAACAACAUCUCCCUUGUUGUUGCAUCCUAAUAAUUGGAUAAGACAGUUUACUUUGAUGAUAAUUAUAGAAAUUAUUAAUAAGUUAUCAAAAGCCGAAGUGUACUGCAUUCUCUAUCCAAUAAUAAGGCCUUUCUUCGAAUUUGACGUUGAGUUCAACUUCAAAUCAAUGAUAAGCUGUUGCAAGCAACCAGUGUCAAGAUCGGUUUACAAUCUAUUGUGUAGUUGGUCUGUUAGAGCGUCAAAAUCUUUAUUUUGGAAAAAAAUCAUCACAAAUCAUGUAGAUUCAUUCGGAAAUAAUAGAAUCGAAUUUAUAACAAAAAAUUACUCAAGUAAAAAUUAUGGAUUUAAUAAAAGAGAUACGAAAUCAAGUUCCUCGCUGAAGGGUAUUAAAACAUCAUCCACCGUCUAUUCACAUGACAACAAGGAAAUUCCCUUAACUGCUGAAGACAGAAAUUGGAUUGAUAAGUUCCACAUUAUUGGGCUAACAGAAAAAGAUAUUUGGAAAAUUGUGGCUUUGAGGGGUUAUGUAAUAAGGACAGCGAGAGUUAUGGCAGCGAACCCUGAUUUUCCAUAUAAUAAUAGUAAUUACCGUCCAUUAGUACAGAACUCACCACCUAACCUAAACCUUACGAAUAUUAUGCCAAGAAACAUUUUCUUUGAUGUAGAGUUUGCUGAAGAGUCGACAAGUGAGGGACAAGAUUCUAACUUAGAGAACCAACAGAUAUAUAAAUAUGAUGAAAGUGAGAAAGAUAGCAAUAAGCUAAAUAUUAACGGUAGCAAACAGCUAUCUACCGUCAUGGACAUAAAUGGAUCACUAAUAUUCAAAAAUAAGUCCAUUGCCACUACUACUUCUAAUUUGAAGAACGUUUUUGUUCAGUUAGAACCAACGUCCUAUCACAUGCAUUCUCCAAAUCAUGGCUUGAAAGAUAAUGCAAAUGUUAAACCAGAAAGGAAGGUAGUCGUCAGCAACAGCUAUGAAGGCGACGUUGAAAGCAUAGAAAAAUUCCUAUCGACUUUCAAAAUUUUACCUCCUCUGAGAGAUUAUAAGGAGUUUGGGCCUAUUCAAGAGAUUGUACGGAGUCCAAACAUGGGUAAUUUGAGGGGCAAGUUGAUAGCUACUUUGAUGGAAAACGAACCCAAUUCUAUUACGUCUUCUGCUGUUUCUCCAGGAGAAACACCCUAUUUAAUAACAGGUUCAGAUCAAGGUGUAAUCAAGAUUUGGAACCUGAAAGAGAUUAUCGUGGGCGAGGUUUACUCUUCUUCUUUAACUUAUGACUGCUCCUCUACCGUAACUCAGAUAACCAUGAUUCCUAACUUUGACGCGUUUGCCGUUUCCAGUAAAGAUGGACAAAUAAUUGUAUUAAAGGUUAAUCAUUACCAACAAGAAAGUGAAGUCAAAUUUUUGAAUUGCGAAUGCAUCAGGAAAAUUAACUUGAAGAAUUUUGGUAAAAAUGAAUACGCAGUGAGAAUGAGAGCAUUUGUGAAUGAGGAAAAAUCUCUACUAGUAGCAUUGACGAAUUUGUCAAGGGUUAUUAUAUUUGAUAUUAGAACCCUGGAGAGGUUACAAAUUAUAGAGAAUUCUCCAAGGCAUGGUGCCGUUUCAAGCAUCUGUAUCGAUGAAGAGUGUUGUGUCCUAAUUUUGGGGACGACUAGAGGUAUUAUUGAUAUAUGGGAUAUCCGUUUCAACGUGCUGAUAAGGAGUUGGUCCUUUGGGGACCACGCACCAAUCACGCAUGUGGAGGUUUGUCAGUUUUAUGGAAAGAAUUCUGUAAUUGUUGUAGGAGGUAGUUCAAAAACAUUUCUAACAAUAUGGAAUUUUGUUAAGGGGCAUUGUCAGUAUGCUUUCAUAAAUUCUGAUGAACAGCCAUCUAUGGAGCACUUUUUACCAAUUGAGAAAGGCUUAGAAGAAUUAAAUUUUUGUGGAAUCAGGUCUUUAAACGCACUAAGCACUAUCUCAGUAUCUAAUGAUAAAAUUCUUCUUACCGAUGAAGCAACAAGUUCCAUUGUUAUGUUUAGCCUAAAUGAGCUUUCUUCUUCUAAAGCAGUAAUAAGUCCUUCAAGAUUCAGUGACGUUUUUAUUCCUACACAAGUUACGGCAAAUCUCACAAUGUUAUUGAGAAAAAUGAAACGUACUAGCACUCAUUCAGUAGAUGAUUCUCUAUAUCAUCAUGAUAUUAUAAAUUCUAUAUCUACAUGUGAAGUUGAUGAGACACCUUUGCUGGUUGCUUGUGAUAACUCAGGGCUUAUUGGAAUCUUCCAAUAA